AUGCUUCACUCUUUUGUCAUUGCAAAAUUCAUUCCCCAAGGGCGUUCGACUUCUUGGACAUCGUAUUAUUGGGUCGAAAAAGCCACUUCCUUGACAACUCGCUCUUUUCUAGUACUGCGUAUUUCGCGAAGCGACAUUGGAUCCGACGAUAAAAGUCAACUCCUGUUUGUCAUCUCACCCCAGAAGCCAGGUGGGGUGAAUGACGGAUGCUAUAUCACCCUGGGAUCAUCACUGGACGAAGGUAAGAAGAUAUUGCACGUUGAACCCUUCUUGUGUCCAGAAGGGGGCACUCUCUACGUCCACACAUUUCCUAGUCUUCUCGAGGAUCGGGAAUUUAAAUUCAGCUACUCGCCUGCAUUCACUCCACCUGCAUCUCCCGCAUCAACUUGACGAAUAUAGUUACCUCACCUUCUGUCGUUCGGUCUUGGAUGAUUACGAGUUUGUCCAAUAAAGUACUCAAAGGAUGAUCGCUCGUCCGGUGGGAGCGAUCCGGUAGGGGACGAAUGGGAUACAUGGAGUGGCUAGUCACAAAGGGAGCAUCGGGAUGAACGAAGCGGUUACUUUUUCGAACACCUGGAGCCACAGAAUUUCGACUUGUCCGCUGUCGAACCGCCAUCCAUUUAUUACUGUAUAAGCAGUAAGUUGUCCCAGUUUAGAUGGGGGACGAAAAGCGGUACCCUAAUGCAUCUUGCUUUAUGCCAGAGCGGUUCAUCGAUGUCAACGGCGCGUUGACGGACGACGACCCUGCGGGAUACAU